AUGUCUGAGCAAGAGCUUGCAGCGGCUCGUGCUGCUGAUACAGAAUUCCUCGUGCGGCGGUCGAUGACCAAAGGCUAUCAACUAUUAUCUAUCUUGACCCCGCCGUUGUACACUGCGUUCACUCUUUUUCGGCGAGGCAGAGGGCACAUUACCGUCAAUCGUCUCCUCAGGGCCACCUGGUUAGGUGGUGCAGUUGGUGUCGCCGGCGGCGGCGCGUUUGAAUACGUGAGAUCUGCGAACUCAAGUAUUGAGACCGUCAGAAAUCGCAGAAUACGAGCCUUAUACAACGUGCGUCUCCGUCAUAUCCUUUCUACUUCCUCCUUGCGCGCAGAUGACCACGCUACUAUCGGGGCCCUUCUCUUUGCGGUUGUUACCCCUGCACUUUUCUGGAAACGUGCAACAUCUUUCAACUGU